UCCGCGCGCCGGGCUUCCUUUGCCCCCGCCCCGCCCCACGUCUGUGGGAGGGGCCUAAGCAGCGUCCAUCGCCGCGGCCUCGGGCACCUGCCCGAACCCCUCCCUGUCCCCUCAGCGCCCUCCGGCGGGGACCGGAUCUCGCCCCGCUCGGCCUGGGUGCUCACUAUGACCUGCACAAUAGAGAAGAUCUUAACAGAUGCCAAGACCUUGCUUGAAAGGCUGAAGGACCAUGAUAAUGCAGCAGAGUCUCUCAUUGAUCAGUCUACUGUUCUCCAUAAACGGGUGGCAGCCAUGAAGGAGAUUGGAACGUCACUAUCAGAAAAGGUUAGUGCAGGAGACACCAUUCUUCUACGCAAAAGAGUUAUACAAAUGUAUGUUAUGCUUGGUAAAAGCGUCCCUUUGUUUUGCAAGUACCAAGAAGAUGCAACUGAUCUGAAGGACAUAUCUAAAUACAAACCUCACAUCUUGCUAUCACAAGAAAACACACAGAUCAGAGACUUGCAACAGGAAAACAGAGAGUUGUGGAUCUCCUUGGAGGAACAUCAAGAUGCUUUGGAACUUAUCAUGAGCAAGUACAGGAAGCAGAUGUUGCAUUUAAUAAUGGGAAGAAAAGAUGUGGAUGCUGAGCCAGUCCUAAAAGUGCAUGAGGCUCACUCUUCGGAAAUUGAGAAUCACGUAGACAGAAUCUGUGAGAUGGGGGAAGCAAUGAGAAAAGCUGUUCAGAUGGAUGAUGAUCAAUUCUGUAAAAUUCAGGAAAAACUAGCCCAGUUGGAGCUUGAAAAUAAAGAGCUGCGGGAGCUGUUAUCCAUCAGCAAAGAAACUAUCGAGGUGAGGCGAGAGGAGCUGCCUGACAUUGCAUCUCAAGCCACAAAAUAACUCUCUCUCCAAACGCUUGACUUUUCAAACUCUAUGGAAACCAACCACUGUACAGGAAAAUGUUUUAUCUUAGUUAUGUUUUAUUACUUCAUGUGUUUCCUGGUAUCCCUGUCUGAUGUCACCCUCUGAUGGCAAUGGUUUGCAUUGCUGCUCAGUCUUAACAGUAUUCAACAGCUUAACAAUGAGGCAUUUAUGCAGCUAUACUCCUUGCAAUUGUUUGUUUCCUCUCAUGAAGAAUGUUUCUGGAUCAGCCCCAAUGGGAGACAUCUAACUCUGUAGGCAGCAAUUCAAAUCCACUUUAGCAUUCUCACUUCAUCGGUGGUUACAGAGCAUUUUACAAGUUAUGAUUGUUUUUAAUCUAAUAGAUAUGAGUGAAAGCAUUUAUUGGAGAAGUUGUCUUGUAAAUAUUAAACAUCACACAUUUAAUUUUGCUUUAAAUAACUCUCCAAACAGUAUUUGGCUGGGUUAACAAUGUCACUUAGAUACAGACUCUCUGCUUUUUAUUGUAAACAGACCGAGAGAAUGGCAGAGCUGUAGUUGAGCAUGUUUUCUAGCUCUUGUGUUGGAAGGAGUGAACACACCCAAAGCCCAGAAUACUAGGUAAUGUUUAAAAGCAUCACUCUUAAUCCAGAAACAAUCAAUUUUUAAAUGCAGGCUUUCCAUCCCUGUUAGCAAGAAUUCAAAAGAUUUUUCAUGAAUUAAUACUAAACGUCUCAGUUCCAACACGAGUGUACUUAUUACUUCAUCCUCUUCUGUGAGUGAGGGUUCUGUUGGACACGGAUAUAGGCCUUAUGUUUUUGAGUGGAAGAGACUUCCUUCCCUCACCCCAGGACAUCUUUGGCAAGUGUGAGUUGGGUAGAGACAAGGGCUUUCUGGAAAGGAAAAUAAUGGGAGAAAAAUUAUCUCUUCUCCUUUCUUCCAUCUCAGUUGAAGAAUAAAUGAAAUAACCUAGUACGCUAUUUUUCUGAAGAACUCAGUGCUUUGAGACCAGACAGCAAACAGAGUAAUUAUUUAUCAUGGCUCUUGCUUUUAUGGCAACGUGUGCUGUGAGAUUGGCGUAAAUGCAUUCCACCUCAUGACACGACACGGGGUCGUACCACAGCUUGAUUAAGAUGUGGAGUUUAAGGAAUUGGAAGCUGAGCAGCAGUCGCCUUCUCAGACAGUCAUCGCUGAAAUCCUUACGAGGAAGAGGAGUCAAGAGGGUGCUGUUUUAAUGAGUACUUCUGCUAGUCCACUUUUCUAAACAUAAAUGUUCACUGUAGAAUCUGAGACCCUAAAUGUAGUGAGUGUGACUUAUUGCUGUUGGAGGGAUUUCCAGAAGAGCAUAAGAUGGCUUAACUCCCAUUGAAGUCAGUCAGUUAGGUGCCUAACUGUUGAAAAUCCAACCUUUCAUCACAGCCCCUGAACUUCAGUCCAAGAGCAAAAUACCUCCUUGUUGCUUCACUUUCCACAAUUGAUCUUCCCCAAUGGAAGUGCUGAGGAAUAAUUUGGCACCUUUCUACAUCCUGUAUGACCAUACUGCAACCACUAGGAACUGGGAUCCUGAGUACAGAAUGUGGAAUUGACAGGAAAACUGCUGCUACUCUGUGCUAUACAAACAUAGACUAAUUAGUAGAACUGGUUCAAGUUUAGUAGAAACUUCCUUAGCAUCAGUUGUAGCUUUAUGCCUUUAAAUAUGCCAUCAGUGCCACUUUCCGUGUCAAAUGAGUUCCUGUAAUGAGCAGAUAUGUGCUCAGUUUGUUUGAUUCUGAUUUAUACUGUAAAUAUUCUAAGGGAGGAGAUACUAUGAAUAAAUUAGUGUUACUGUGGUGUGCUACGAUAAUUCUUUGUCAUUUGCCUGCUCUAAGCGGUCGGCUGACUUGAAACAGUUUUCUUUACAGCUCAGGUUUAUCAAGUAUGUAUAUUGGCUUUUUAUUUUUCUUGAAAUAAAUCUCUUGAAGUAUUA